UUUGCCCACUUACUCCUCCCUCGCCCCGCCUCCGCUGACUCAGCGGGCGGUGCCGCUGGCAGGUGAGUCGGAGCGGGCGGGGAGCGGCGGACAUAGGAGAAACUACACUAGACCAAGGAGCAGAGAUAAGGGAGCAGAAACAAUGCCGGGAACACCUUGGUCGAGACGGGCAGCGCUGGCCAGCCUGACCCUCCUGCUGACCUACUGCGGAGUUGUACGGUGCAACUGCCAGAGACAUUUCACCAGGAGUAAAGUUGAGGCGUUGCUCGCUCCGCAAGUUACCAAAGGCCAAGCGGUUCUCACAGUUCCGUUUCGUGACUGUGGUUUGGGGGAAAACAUUCGGUGGAGCACCAGUAACGGUGACUUUGAAGUGCACAACGACGGAUCCAUAUUUGCAACACGGACUCAACUUAUCAAAGCGAAACGUGGGCUUAAAGUGCGGGCGGCCGAUUUGGACACUGGUGAAACAUGGACAGUGGAUGUCCUGUUAAUACCUUCAAGGAGAGAGCGUGCGAGGAGAAACAUCCAAGUUAUCCGGUUUCCAUCAAAGAGGCCCGUCGUGCGGCAGAAGAGGGAGUGGGUCUCCCCUCCCAUCGGCAUCCGGGAGCACGAGCCACCUAUUGUCAACCCCAUCGCCAUGAUUCGGUCGGACUUUGAAGACAAGGAGGGUGUUGAGAUCACCUACUCCAUAACUGGGCCGGGAGCGGACAAACUGCCGAUGGGGCUGUUUGUGAUCGAUUCCCGCACCGGCGAUUUAAACGUCACCGGGACAGUGGACCGGGAAUUAAAUCCCAGCUUCCUCCUGACAGGAUACGCGGUGGAUCAAUUUGGGAAAGCAAUGGAAAAUCCAAUUGGCCUCUUUGUUGAAGUGAUUGACAUCAAUGAUAACCCUCCAAUAUUCACCCAAGAAAUCUUUUUUGGGAGUGUUGAAGAGAUGAGUUUCACUGGUACCUCAGUCAUGCAGAUAAAUGCGACGGAUAAAGAUAUUGGUGAAAAUGCCAUCAUUCAUUACAGGGUCAUAGUGGACAAAAUGAAGCAAAUGUUUUCUUCCUCAUUUACUGGAGAUAUCAGAGUAACAGAUCCGCAACUUGACAGGGAGACGCAAGAUUUCUACACCCUGAUUGUUGAAGCUCGUGAUAGGGCUGGGAAUAUCGAAGGUUUACACUCAACUGCAACAGUACAGGUCAAGAUUAUGGAUGUCAAUGACAACGUUCCCACUGUGGAACAACAUACGUAUGAGGUAACCUUGGAAGAAAACCGGAUAUAUUUUGAAGCCCUCCUAAUGAAGGUACAGGACGCGGAUCUGGAGUUCACUGAUAACUGGUUGGGUCACUUUGAAAUCAUCGAGGGCAAUGAAAAUAAACACUUCAGGAUUGAGAUGAAUAAUCAAACCAAUGAAGGAAUUCUGAUUCUCCAGAAGGAGUUAAACUUUGAAGAAAUGGAACACAUGAAUUUGGUCUGUCGAGUAUCCAAUAAGGCACCGUAUCACCACACUGUGGAUACAACCAUGAUGAAGCAGUCCUUUGAGAUAAAAGUCAUCAUACGAAAUAUGGCAGAAGGCUUUGUGUUUAAGCCCAGCAGACUGGAGACGACAAUGACGGAAAGCAGCUCAUCCGGGAGGACGACCCAGGUCAUUGGUAUUUACACAGCAGUUAGUGCAGACACUGGAGAACGGAGUGAAAGUACAAAGUAUGCGAAGGAUAGUGACAAGGCUAACUGGUUGAUUAUUAACACGGACACUGGAGAGGUUACAUUUGAUGGCGAGCUUGAUCGCGAGUCUGAGUAUGUGAUUAACGGGACGUACACUGCAACAGUUCUGGCCAUCACGCAGGAACGAGACUCCUACGACACCAGCACUGGAACCAUUGUGAUAAAUGUAGAUGAUGUCAACGACCACACUCCCAGCUUCGAGAACACGCAACCAUGCAUUUGCAGUUCAGCAAAAUAUUUGAGGGUGGCUGCGUCUGAUCCCGAUAGGCCGCCAUUUGGAGCACCAUUCCAUUUCGACGUACCGACCAACAAAAUGUGGAAGCUAGGACGCACAGACGCAACCAGCAUGGAACUGGUCCCACAACAAGAUUUAUACCCUGGACUGUUCACCGUGCCAGUGUGGGUGGAGGACAACGGUGGGAACGGCCACCUCGUCAACCUGGAUAUCAAGGUGUCGGAAUGCUUUGGUGUCACCCGUUGCUUGACGGAAAGAUUAAUCCAGUCGAAGGCCGUACUGGGGAGUUCUGCCAUCGCCCUGAUAAUCUUCACUCUGUUUCUGUUGCUACUGCUCCCUCUGCUGCUGCUGCUGUUUUGCCAGUGUGGUGGUGGCGGACUGGGCGGGCCGAAAGGUCUUGUGCUCGCUGAGAAAGACGGCGGCUUCGGUACCCUGGGGCAAAGUGACUUCGAAGGAGGAGGACAAGUAGAUACGAUGAUACCGCUGAUAGCUCGUUCGGGUGAACACGAGGUGGCUGGGCUACAUGGGGAGUGGAUCGCUACAGGAUCUCAGGCGGGAGGAGCUGUAGGAGCCAGCGGAGGAGCUGUACGAGCCAGCGGAGGAGGUGUAGGAGCCAGCGGAGGAGGUGUAAGAGCCAGCGGAGGAGGUGUAGGAGCCAGCGGAGGAGGUGUAGGAGCCAGCGGAGGAGGUGUACGAGCCAGCGGCACUCAUAUCACAGAGAGCAUCCAUGAAAGGACCAGCUUCUAUGACCGGACCGGGUGGUCCAUGGGACAAGAGGCGGGAUUGGGCCGGGGCCAUUCCAUGUCCAUCCGCGGCCAGGGGAGAUCGACGCGGUAUCGCGGUCAACACCAAACCGGUAUCCAUGGCGGGGAGGCAGAAGCUUUCAGCAUGACAGGCGGUGCACUCAAGGCUUACGUGAACCAAUGCAUCGAUCAGAGGCUACUCGCUGUUGACCAAGAAUGGGCCCGUCAGGCCUCCUGCGAUUCUCUGCGGGUUUUUCACAAUGAAGGCUCCGACAGCAACGAUGGUUUACUGGAAUGCUGCAGCCUUGUGGAGGAAGAUCCUUUCGAUGAUUCCUUCUUGAACAACUUGGACCUGAAGUUCAAGACUCUGGCUGGAAUCUGCAGCGGCCGAUUGUCGAGCGACACCUCAGAAGUGGUCACCUCCGGUCACUGGCAACUGGAGACCUCCCCGCGACCCCUGCCCCAACAGGAGGCGGCUGUGGGAGAGGUGGCUGUGGGGGAGGAGGUGGCGUGGUCUAGCGUAACGAGGGAACGGGUCCAGCAUGCCGGCAACCCAUUGCCCAUGAAGAAACACUACGUUGUGACCACCACGAUUGAGCCCAGCACGGAAGACCUCCAGGUUGUCCACGACUUGAGCCGCGUUGCAUCUCAGCACGAGGGAUUCCAGAGGGUGUCCGCCAGUUCUGACUCCACUGUUGACUACAGUGCGGGGCAGUUUCAAGGGGGCGUUCACUCCUCGACUGUCCCCGUCCUGCAGAAGAACGUGGUGGUGCCGAGGUCCUUUAGCAUUGGCUCUGGAGGUGCCCAGGGCGUGACCGCUGUCCCGUCGGCUGGUCACUUGGUCUCGCACAACACCAGGGUGGUGACAAGUUCAGCUACAGUGGGGUCGGGUGGGAUGCUGGACAUGUUGGUCGGGCCGGUUCUGGGAUCCCAUGAGAGCGCAUCCAUCACUAGGUCAGGCUGGAGAGAGGCGCUGGAUCCCAGCCUCGUCAAUGAACAGGCCAUCGAGAAAAACGUGACCAUUGGUAAAUCGAACAGCGGGAUGUAUAAAUCAGUGAAAAAGACAACCAAGUUGGUGCAGUUAGUCCAGGAGUAACACUUCCCCUCAAUCUGCUCAUCGCUUUGGAUUGGAAUAUCAUCAGAGGAAGUAAUUUUGCCAGCAACAUCCACAGGCUAUAAACAGAUAAAGUUCAAAUCAUUCAUCACAUUGUGAUUCCAGAACACAACUGAUUCUUCUCCCCCUUCACCAUGGAUACCUUAGAGUAAUGGAGUCAUACAGUGUUGAACCAGGCCCUUUGGCCCAACUGAUCCACGCCAACCAAGAUGCCCCAUCUACACUAAUCCCACCUGCCUGCAUUUGGUCAAUAUCCCUCUAAAUCUUUCCCAGCCAUGUACCUGUCAAAUGUUCAUAAU